GACGAUUGUCCGAGGUGACAUCCUGUCGGACGGGAGUCGUGUCGCUAUGACCCGCCGAGUGUAGACCAAGCACGUGAGCCGUAAGACAUGAAAAUGUUCUCGAUAAUCCUGCUCGCCGUCACAGCUUCCUUGGCGUUUGGUGAGGAAGAAGUUAUGAAGAAUUUAACAACAGUAACAUGGGCUCACGCAGUGAACAACAAAACAUACCUGGAAGCAGCUCUGGCAAGUGAAGUAUCAAUGCUGGAAGCGGAUAUCGUCCUGGGCCAUCUGAAUGGUAAGGAUGGUCCUCCGCUACCCAUCAUGGCGCAUCCUCCUGCAACGACCUCCGACCUCAGCCUAGCUGACUUCCUGACGGGCGUCGCCCAGUACAACAACGUGAAUGCGAAACAGAAGGGCGUGAAGUUAGAUUUUAAGAGCAUCGAAGCCUUUGAGAAAUCUCAAGAAAUAAUAGCACCGUUCAGUAAACCGGAGGUCACAUUCCCACUCUGGUUGAACGCUGACAUCCUCCCCGGUCCAAUCAAAGCAACAACUAAGCCAGUGGAUCCAGCCAAAUUCAUCCAACUGGCUGCAAAGCAUCCCAGGGCCGUUUUGUCAAUCGGAUGGACAACGAAUUACGGUGGUAACAUCACAGAGGGCGAGUACAGUCGCGAUCAGAUCGGUGCAAUGCUGAGACUGGUUAAUGAACAUCAUGUUAAUCAAACUGUGUCAUUUCCGGUCCGCGCUGGUUUAGCUUCGAACAGUCAACCAGUUCUAUUAGACCUAUUGCGAGAGACGUCGUCCCUCAACUCAUCGAUGACGGUCUGGUCCAGUGAGGGUGACAAUGUGGAAGUGGACCGGCUGCGGGCUCUCAUCCUAACCGUGGGCCUGGAGCGGACCUACCUCGAUGUACCCCACGAGCUAGCCGCUAAACUGCAUCUACCACCCCCCAAUACUAAUGCUAAGCAUUAAAAAUAUUCUUCUAUAUUAUUUAUGGUCUCUUGAGGGUCUUAUGUUUUUAAUUUAUAAAUAUUAUUAAAUGAUUUUGUGUUUAUUA